AAUGCAGCUCUGGGUGCCCAGCUGGUUUAUGUAAUCGUGAACAGCUGUGUGUGUGCGAAGUAAACUGGAAAACAUGUUAGCCUCAACUUUUCGUCGUAUUGCUGGAGUUUCCGCACAAAAAUUGACUCAACUUGCCCCCAAAAGCUGCACCCUAGGCCACAUAUACUCCAAGGCUACCAUGUCGCAGGCGACACAGUAUCCACCCAUUGAGACGGCCAUGAGAAAGGCGCUCACAACCGAACUGAAACCGGUGUUCCUGGAAGUUAUUAACGAAUCGCCCCAGCACAAUGUGCCCAAGAGGUCCGAGUCCCACUUUCGAGUGCUGGUGGUGUCGGAGAAGUUCAAUGAUCUGACUUUAAUCAAGCGCCAUCGAUUGGUCAACGACACAGUGAAGAACGCGCUGACGGCAGCGGGUUUUGAGUUCAUGCACGCUCUUUCCAUUGAGGCCAAGACGCCGAAGCAGUGGGAGCCUGAGCAGGAACCAGAGAAGAGUCCGCCGUGCCUCGGUGGCUUUGGCAAGUAAAACGAAGUGUCGAUAACGGCUAGGUGGAAUCUUUAUGUACAAAAGGAAUACUACACACAAACCAGCUAAGGAAAUUUACAGAAAAGGCCAAAAAA